CCUUAAAAAAAAACAUGACAAAAAAACCUCAAAAAAACAAUAACAAUCUGAUCCAUCAAUUUCCUUUGCACUUUCACUUCUCUCUCUUGAUCAUUCUCCGUUCUCGAUCUCCGAUCAGCAACUUCAGUAGAAGAGAGAAAAGGAAAAAAGAAGAGAUGUCGGGGCAAUCACAGCGUUUGAAUGUGGUCCCCACAGUGACAAUGCUUGGAGUGGUGAAAGCACGUUUGGUUGGAGCAACAAGAGGCCAUGCUCUUCUGAAGAAGAAAAGUGAUGCUUUAACUGUUCAGUUUCGUCAGAUCCUGAAAAAGAUUGUUUCGACAAAGGAAUCGAUGGGCGACAUAAUGAAAACCUCGUCCUUUGCUUUGACCGAGGCUAAGUAUGUAGCUGGGGACAACAUCAAGCACGUCGUGCUUGAGAAUGUUAAAGAAGCUUCACUCAGGGUGCGUUCUCGUACUGAGAACGUUGCUGGAGUGAAGCUUCCGAAGUUUGAUUAUACUGCUGAUGGUGAGGCCUCGAAGAAUGACUUGACUGGAUUGGCUAGAGGUGGUCAGCAGGUGCAGCAGUGCCGUGUCGCUUAUAUUAAGGCGAUUGAGGUUCUCGUUGAGCUUGCGUCGCUUCAGACAUCUUUCCUUACCCUUGAUGAUGCUAUCAAGACUACUAACCGUAGGGUUAAUGCUCUGGAGAAUGUCGUUAAGCCGCGGUUGGAGAAUACUAUUAGUUACAUCAAGGGUGAGUUGGAUGAGCUUGAGAGAGAGGAUUUCUUCAGGUUGAAGAAGAUUCAGGGUUAUAAGAGGAGGGAAAUUGAAAGGAAGAUGAUACUUGCUAGGGAGCAACAAGCUAUUGAGAAGUUGCAAUUGCAGAAAGGAGGGACUUGGGUUUCUUAUGAUUCGUCUCAGAACUUGUUGUCUGGUACCGCUGAUAAAGACGAGGAUAUCCUUUUCUAAAUAUAAAUAUUUAUAGAGAUAUGUGUUCUUGCUCCUUCUUCGAGGGGGUGGCUGGAUAUGUCUCGGUGUUGAUGCUGGUUCUUCUGCACAAUUUGUUUAGGUGAGAGACAUUGUUCUGUAUCAUGAAUAAAGGUGCCUAAUAUGUGUUUAUUUAUUUCUUUGUUAUUUUGAGGACAUAAAUUUUUAUCAUGUUCAGAGGCUUUGAGAUUUGAGAUAUUCGUUGUUUGAAAUUAAGUUGUUGUGAUUAGCUUUAGUUUA